GAGGGGACCCCCAUGCAGGCAUUUGUAGCAGAAGCUUUGGAUCAAAUAGUUGGUGUUUCUGUUAUUAAAGAUGAAAUGGAUAUUGAAUAUAUUCAUACACAUUACAACAUUGAAGAUUUUAUUAAUUUUUAUCACCACCAGCGAGAGGAGCAUGGACAUCUCUAUCAUUUUGUGUUAAAUCCCAUAUUUCGGCACUACACCAAACACUUUCUAAAGGAGAUUCUUCGUUUGGCUCACAAGUCUUCUCUUUACUACCCUAUUUAUCCACAGUAUGUGGAAGGCAAGUUUCAGAAUCCCUGUGCCCAUUCCCUGACAUCUGCCCUUCAUUACAUGGUUCCCGUGCGACCAAGACGACAGAUUGUCUAUCCUCUGGAAGAGCUUGGCAUAAACGCUCCAUCAGAGCAGGUCUCCAAGGAUCAGCUGGGCUAUGCUCUGAACUACAUAGAUCGAAAGCUGACGCUCGAAUCUAAGGUGUCCAUCAAUACAAGAAUUGUGGUGGUUGGUGCAUCCGACGUUGGAAUCUCUUUUCUGGAAACACUUGUUUUUUG